AUGAAAAACGGUAGGAAACCCGGAUGUUUGGUGGGCGACUCCGCAUAUAUGGCCGAAAAUUUCUUGAUAAAAGUGGUGGAGAACCCAACCACACAGGCAGAAAAUCGCUAUAAUCGCGCAGUCUGCGCUGCUCGUUCCCACAUCGAGCGUGCCAUAGGAGUGCUCAAGGCGCAGUUCAAGAUUCUGGGCGAGGAGUGCCGAUACAAACCGGAACUUGCAACUUAGAUAAUCGUUGCAUGCGUCGUUUUGCGAAAUAUUGCCAUCGGCGGGAAUGAGUCCAUAGACGAAUUCGAGGUGGAGGCCGAAGAGACGACUGGAGACGAUCCUGAUAGUUCCACUGAACCGACGUCUUUGACGGGAAGAGCGCAUAUUCGAAGAAUAAUAAGUGAUUACUUCAUGUGAAAUUGUCAUUCAUCAUUGUCUUUAUCUUUAUCAUUUACUACCUCCGUCUUUACUUAAGCUGUUUCGCCUUGUAGUC